AUGACGGCCAUCGAUGAAAUUCCUUCUCGGUUCUCACAGUCACGCCUCUCUCUUUUAUGUGGCAACACUCACAUUCGAAAGGCGAGAGCUUUGCAUUCCAAAGGCGAGACCUUUGCGCUCACUGGAAAGGAUUCCAAGAUCAAAAUGAACAAAGGUUUACCACAACAGCCUAUGUAUAAGAAUCGCCUCCAAGAAUAUGCUCAAAAAUCACGCUUACCACUCCCAGUAUAUUGUAUUAAGAAUGAGGGAUAUGACCAUGCACCAAAGUUUAGGGCAAGUGUGUCAGUUGGUGACAAUUUUUUUGAGUCUAGGCUAACAUUUUCAACUCGGAAAGUAGCUGAGCAGGAUGUUGCAAAACUUGCUAUUGAUAGCAUGGAAGUAAAGACUAAGGAUGAAGGUUGUGCUCCUAUUUAUAAGGAUCUCAAACAUUGCAAGUCUAUCCUGCAUGAAUUUUCUGUGAAGAUGAACUGGGAACAUCCCAAGUACACAACUAUUAAAAAACAUGACAAGCACCCGGUCUUCAUCUCCUCAUUACUUUUUGAUGGCAUAACUUACACUAGUGACGAAAGCGGAAGCAAGAAAGAGGCAGAGCAGCUGGCAGCUAGUGCCACUAUUGAAACACUUCUCGGAUCUGGUUCCGGAGUUCUUCGUCAAAUAAUCAAUUCAAAGACCCAAACUGUUGCAGCAUCCCAAAAACUGAGUGACUCGGGGCUCAAACAACAAAACUUGGCAGUGGUUGCACAUCAACUUGGACAGACACAGAAUCUCAUAGUGAGUCAUCCUUUGCCAAAAUUUUCAAAACAAGGAUAUAAUCUUAAGCCUGCUACUCCAAACUUGAAGCACACAGCCCUGGUUAAUUCCAGUUGGAAGAACAAGCGGAAGUUUGAGAUGGGGAACCAUGGAAAGAAAAUAAUGCGAAAUGAGAAGCAAUGAAGUUUGUAAGAAAUCUGUUAAGUAAGUUCUUCUUUCAUUUUUGAAAGAAAUGUUAACUAUAUUCAUAGCAUGGAAAUAUGGAAUUUCUAAUUUUAACAAUGUGUAGAUUUACAAUUAGAAAGAGCUGUAAUUAGAGUUUAUACUUUGAAUUACUUUUUUUCGGUCGUUCCAGCCUAGGCAAUGGAUUGUGGUUUAAAUCACUUCUAUCAAAUGCAAACAAUAUAUUGUAGUUC